GAGGGCGGAGAGAGGUGGCAUUUGAGUCCUCCGGUAUCCCAGCAGGCAGUGCAGCCCAGAGACGCUGACAAAGGACCGGAGGAGCAGUCGCAGCUGCUUUCUGAGGAGCCAGUGUUGCCGAGGACCUCCGCACGAAUCCUGAUGGUUGCACCAGCUGCUUGGCUGUAAACAGGCUCACAUGACCGGUUUCACGUGGAGCCAGCCGGUGUGGGGAUGGGGGCUGGAAAGGCUGGGCCUGACCCAAUCAGAAACUACCAGAAAAUCUUCCCAUCCCAAUAAAAUUGCCAAAAUGCUUUGGAAUUUUUAACUAACUAUAAGAAAAAUCUAAAAUAGAUUUAAGACUGUAAAAACAGAAGCUGCAGCAAGGGGGAUUCAGUGCCAAUGCAUCAACAAAAAAGACAGCUAGAGUUAGUGGAAGGAAAUCUUCCUGUUUUUGUGUUUCCCACGGAGUUAAUAUUUUAUGCAGAUGACCAGUCAACGCAUAAGCAAGUGUUGACUCUAUAUAAUCCCUAUGAGUUUGCCUUAAAGUUCAAAGUUUUGUGUACUACUCCAAAUAAGUAUGUUGUCGUUGAUGCUGCAGGUGCAGUAAAGCCUCAGUGUUGUGUGGAUAUUGUGAUUCGUCAUAGAGAUGUUCGAUCCUGUCACUAUGGUGUAAUAGACAAAUUUCGUCUGCAAGUUUCUGAGCAAAGCCAGAGGAAGGCUUUAGGAAGGAAAGAGGUUGUGGCUACUCUUCUCCCUUCUGCAAAAGAGCAACAAAAGGAAGAAGAGGAAAAAAGAAUAAAGGAACCAUUAAGCGAAAGUUUAUUUUUUGAGCAGCCAUUUCAACCAGAAAAUAGAACUGUCUCCUCAGGACCUAGUUUACUAACUGUCUUCCUGGGAGUGGUGUGCAUUGCAGCUCUGAUGCUUCCUACACUGGGGGAUGUGGAAUCGCUUGUGCCUCUCUACCUCCACUUAAGUGUGAAUCAAAAAUUAGUGGCUGCUUACAUCUUAGGUCUUAUCACAAUGGCUAUACUGAGAACAUGAGCAAGAAAUUCAGUUGACUUCUGAAGUAAAUUUAUCUUGAAAAUAUGAAUGUGGACUGC